AUGAAGUUUCACGCCAUUGAGCUUCCCUUGGGGAAGACAGCAAACUCUAUAAGAAAUUCUCCAAAGAUCACUAUCUUAGUAACCAUAACCCUGGUUCUCCUAACCCUAAUUCCUCUGUAUUACCUAUUACCAGGCUAUGCUUCAUUUCCUUGGAACAGUAGUUCUUCUUCUUCUUCACAGAAGUUAUCAUCAGCAAUACCUCCUUCUUCGGGUGAUCAUGGCGGCGUAACAUCAGGGAGAGAAUGUGAUAUUUUUAGUGGGGAAUGGAUUCCAAAUCCUGAGGCUCCUUAUUACACGAAUUUGAGUUGUCGUUGGUCGAUCCAUGAGCACCAGAAUUGCAUGAAAUAUGGAAGACCAGAUUUGGGUUUCAUGAAGUGGAGGUGGAAACCGGAUGAGUGUGAGUUGCCCAUCUUCAACCCGGCUCAGUUCUUGGAGAUUGUCAGAGGGAAGUCCAUGGCCUUUGUUGGAGAUUCUGUGGCCAGAAACCAAGUUCAGUCCUUGAUCUGCCUCUUAUCUCGGGUGAUGUAUCCAGUGGAUAUAUCAUAUACCCGGGACGAAGAUUUCAAACGCUGGAACUACACAACCUACAAUUUCACCCUAGCCACAUUUUGGACUCCAUAUCUUGUUAGGAUUAAUGAAGCUGACCCCAACAAGAUUGGCCUCUUCAAUCUUUACCUUGACGAAUUCAAUGAGGAAUGGACAACCCAUAUUGAACAAUUUGAUUAUGUAAUCAUAUCCGCCGGCCACUGGUUUUAUCGUCCGAUGAUGUUUUACGAGAAGGGCACGCUCGUAGGCUGCCAUUACUGCCUCAAAGAGAACCUCACAGACCUCAACAUGCUCUAUGGUUACAGAAAAGCCUUCAGUACAGCCUUCAAAGCUAUCAACAGUUUGCCUAACUAUAAGGGCUUAACAAUUUUAAGAACAUUUGCUCCUUCACAUUUUGAAAAUGGUGUGUGGAAUCAGGGAGGGAAUUGCUUGAGAACAAAACCUUUUAUGAGCAAUGAAACCCAUUUAGAGGGUAAGGAUUUGGAGCUCUAUAGGAUUCAGUUGGAGGAGUUUAGUAUUGCAGAGAGGGAAGGGAAGAAGAGUAGAGGAUUGAGAUAUGGGUUGCUUGACACCACUAAAGCCUCUUUGUUAAGACCAGAUGGGCACCCUAGCCAUUAUGGGCAUUGGCCCCAUGAGAAUGUGACCUUGUACAAUGACUGUGUGCACUGGUGCUUGCCUGGGGCCAUUGACACUUGGAAUGAUUUCCUGCUAGAGACGUUGAAGAUCGAGGGGAGGAAAUCCUUUGAAGGGUCGAUUCACACAAGUGAUAGGAAGAUGAGAAUACGAUAG